ACUGUGCUUUGCCGAGCUUGGCACGAUGAUCACGAAGUCUGGGGGAGAAUAUCCUUACCUUAUGGAGGCAUUUGGCCCAAUUCCAGCAUUCCUGUUUUCUUGGACAAGCUUACUGGUCACAAAACCCAGUUCCUUUGCAAUCAUCUGCCUCAGCUUUGCAGAAUACGCAUCAGCUCCAUUUUAUCCGGGCUGUGAUCCGCCCCAGGUUGUCAUCAAGUGCCUUGCAGCAGCUGCCAUUGUGGUAAUUACAAUAGUGAAUGCCCUGAGUGUGAAGCUGGGAAGUUACCUCCAGAACUUCCUCACGGCUGCUAAAAUGAUCAUUGUCGCGAUCAUUAUUGUAAGUGGAAUUGUUCUCCUCGCACAAGGCAAAACUGAGAACUUCAAAGAUUCUUUCAAGGACAGUAAGAUUUCUGUUAGCUCCAUCAGUUUGGCAUUUUAUAAUGGACUCUGGGCAUACGAUGGAUGGAAUCAACUAAAUUACAUCACAGAGGAACUAAAAAAUCCUUACAGAAACCUACCGCUCUCUAUAAUUAUUGGGAUCCCCUUGGUUACAGUUUGUUACGUUCUGAUAAACAUUUCCUAUUUCACCGUAAUGACCUCAACAGAGCUCCUGCAGUCCCAGGCAGUUGCUGUGACAUUUGGAGACAGAGUCCUUUAUCCAGCCUCGUGGAUAGUUCCUCUCUUUGUGGUGUUUUCUACCAUCGGAUCUGCCAAUGGGACCUGUUUCACUGCAGGCAGACUCGUUUACGUUGCGGGCCGUGAAGGGCACAUGCUGGAGGUGCUGUCCUACAUCAGUGUCAAGCGGCUGACACCAGCUCCUGCCAUCAUAUUUUAUGUGA